GACUCUCCCUCCCUCCAGGCGGUUCCCACUAUAUAUAUGGAUGACAGCGGGUGCAUAUUGAUCAUCAGUUUCUUCGAGGUGGGCGAGUAUAUACAAUAUCCAACUCUUGAUCGAUCAUCUCUUCACCGGAAUAUUCUUCCAUGGGAGAGGUCGCCGAGAAGGCAGAGCCAACAACGAGGCCGCAACAGCUGCACUUUGUACUCGUGCACGGGAUCGGUGGAGGAGCAUGGUGCUGGUACAAGAUUAGGACUCUCAUGGAGAACUCCAGCUACCGGGUAUCUUGCAUCGACCUCAAGAGCGCGGGGAUCGACUCAUCAGACUCUAACUCGAUUCACUCAUUCAACGAAUACAACAAGCCUCUAAUAGACUUCAUGUCUUCCCUUCCCGAAACCGAACAGGUGAUACUGGUAGGGCACAGUGCAGGAGGGCUGAGCCUGACUCAAGCCACCGGCAAAUUUGCUCGGAAAAUCAGAGUGGCAGUUUACGUGGCGGGGACGAUGCUGCGAGCCGGAUUUCAUACAGAACAAGACGUGAAAGAUGGAGUGCCUGAUCUGUCGGAAUUCGGGGACGUUAACGAAUUCCAGUUCGGGCUAGGGCUUGACAAACCCCCAACAAGUAUGAUUGUGAAGAAAGAAUUCCAGCGCAAGAUCAUAUACCAAAUGAGCCCCCUAGAGGACUCCACCUUAGCUGCCAUGCUGUUGAAGCCCGGACCGAUUCUUGCCCUUCAAACCGCCCGGUUCACCAAGGACAAUGAAGACGUGGACAAGGUACCACGAGUCUAUAUCGGGACGAUGCAUGACAAUGUCAUUAAGCCUGAGCAGCAGGAAGCAAUGAUAAAGAAGUGGCCCCCUGCGGAGACUUACUUCCUCGACAGUGAUCACAGCCCGUUCUUCUCGUCCACAUUCUCCCUCUUCGGGUUGCUCGUGAAAAUUUCAGCUUCCUUCUGAUUUCUAACUUACAAGAAUAAGAACUGGUUAAUUUGCCAUAUAUAUACAUAUUUGGUAGAUUAGUUGAUUUGAAAUUUCGUGUUCUUUCAUGGGAAACAUUCUUCAUUAUGAAAUAAAAAUAAAUUCGAUGACAAAUUUACAUUUUCUAUGAUAUAUAUUACAUAUCGAGUUAAAUAUCAAUUUCGCCCAUGAGAUGGACGAGUUACAUCACUCGAGUCCCUCAGACGAAAACGAUCUCAAGUUAGUCUCUCGUAACAUAAGGUAGGUCCCUUUGCCACAUCAGUUGGAUGCUUUGCCACAUCAAAUAGGUUUUCUAUUACAUCUUUUUGGUCCCUCCUUCCCUACCGUCAUACCAUUAAGGACCCCAAUGGGCUGACUAUCAAAAAGGUCCUUGCAUUUUAUUUUGCUAUUUUCUCUUUGUUUUUAGUAUUUCUCAAAUUCAAGAUUAUUUCUUGACAUCAAUCUAGUCCUUAUAGCCCAAGAUUUGUAUGCAUUUACACAUCCUAAACCCCAAGAUCGCAACCCCCAGCUCCCUCUCAACUCCUUUGCUCUUUUUCCUCACUGACUGGUACCAAAUCGAAAAUCGAAGCUCUCCCUUCCCUCCUUCUUCCUUCUGUUUAGGUAAUCGACAAGCAUGAAGGUGCAAUAUGCUAUGGGAGAUCGUUUAAAGAAGAGGUCCGAUGUGGAAUUGAGUCACAGUAGCUGCGUAUCCAUGGGAGAUCGAGCAAAUCAUUCACAGUGGUUUUGUGGCUAUGGGAGGAAGGCUCUCUUACUAACUUCGAGGACCCGUAGAAACCAUGGCAGGCAAUUUCUGAUGUGUCCUUUCUUUCAGAACAAAGCAGUAAACUGUGGAUACUUCCAAUGGUUGGAUGAGGUAUGUGAAGUGGUUGUUGAUGCUGAUUCAGGGUGCAUGGAGGCUGCACAAACUGAAGUUGAUGAAGUUGUAAUUCGAAAGCUAAAGAGAAAGGUUAUCAAGUAUGAAUACAGAAUGAAGAAGCUCAAAAUUGUUUGCAUAAUAUCGGUGUUCUUGUUAGUAUUGAUUUUUAUUGGAUUUGCUUUUAGAAACUAGUGUAUGAGGAUAGUUCAAAGUAGUGUAUGAGGGUAUUUGGUAUGUAACGUAACUCAUAUUUUCCUGUUAAUGAAAUGGCAUAAAUGUGAGUACAGA